AUGGAGUACUACGAGAAAGUGAGCCCAAUUGGGGAAGGCACAUACGGGGUGGUGAUGAAAUGCCGACACAAAGAGACCGGCCAAACGGUGGCCAUUAAGAAAUUUAAGGAGAGCGAAGACGAUUUACAAAUACGGAAGACGGCGCUGAGGGAGGUUCGGAUGCUCAAGCAACUCAAACACGACAACAUAGUGAAUCUCCUCGAAGUUUUCCGACGAAAAGGGAAACUCUACCUUGUAUUUGAACAUUUGGACCACACGAUACUGGAAGAUCUCGAUAAGCGGCCGCAUGGGUUAUCUGACGACCGGUCAAACGGCACCGUGCGAAAGUGCAUGUGGCAGCUGUUGAAAGCUAUGGACUACCUGCAUUCACAUAAUGUGAUUCACAGGGAUAUCAAACCGGAGAACAUCCUGGUAUCAGUCAACGGCGUCGUGAAACUUUGCGAUUUCGGGUUCGCACGAACACUGGCCGGCCCAGGCGCCAAAUACACCGACUACGUCGCAACCCGAUGGUACCGCGCCCCAGAACUCCUCGUCGGGGAUACAGAAUACGGAAAGGCGGUGGAUGUAUGGGCGACGGGCUGCAUCUUCGCAGAAAUCUUGACGGGACAACCGCUGUUUCCGGGGGACACAGAUAUCGAUCAGUUGUACAGGAUAAUGAAGAUUUUGGGUACGCCUGGCGGCAUGUAUUCCACACGGCAGUUGAGCGCUUGCUGA